AUGUGGAUUGUACCUCUGAAAGGAAAGUAUCUAGUGUGGGCAAUCACAGCAUGUUGUUGCCAAGGCUUCCUUCUUCUUGGUUAUGACCAGGGCGUUAUGUCUGGUAUUAUCGGGGCUACAAAUCAGUUUGGAAAAGAUUUUGGUGAUCCUGACCCCACAGCACAGGGUCUCAUCGUGGCUAUCUAUGAUAUCGGAUGCGUAGUGGGCAGCUUGAUAGUCUUCGUUUUCGGAGAAGCCAUCGGUCGUAAACGCAUGAUCAUGUCUGGCGCAGUUACUAUGUUGAUUGGAACUGCUAUUAUGACGAGCGCUACCACGCGCGCUCAGCUAUAUGUUGGGAGAGUUGUUAGUGGAAUUGGGAAUGGUUUCAAUGCAUCAUCCAUACCCGUGUACCAAUCAGAAACUUGCUCAGGUCACAUACGGGGCACCCUCGUUUGCUUGAAUUCAACAGUGACUAUCGUUGGCCUCGUCAUAGCGUAUUGGCUGGAUUAUGGUCUCUCAUUUGUCAACGGUCCAAUCCAGUGGAGACUUCCAAUCGGUUUCCAAGCUGUAUUCGCACUUUGCCUGUUACUUCAGGGAAUGGUCCUCCCUGAUUCUCCACGUUGGCUGAUCGCUCACGACCGUCGAGAAGAGGGUGCACGAGUUCUGGCACAGCUGGAAGAUCGAGAUUCGAUUGACCACCCUGAUGUUGUACAAAAAUUGAAGGAAAUUGAGUUUUCAUUGGAGCAAGAAAGUGCAGGAGGUCCCUUCCGGUACGCUGAGCUUCUCCAAGGCGGCCCUCUAGGAAAUUUCAGGAGGAUUUGCUUGUGCAUCGGCAUCAAUGUCAUGCAACAGUUUACAGGCGCGAACAUGAUCAACUAUCUUGCCCCCAUCGUCUACCAGAACACUAUGGGUCUAUCCCGUGAUUUGUCUCUCAUACUGGGCGGAUGUACCGCUAUUACAUAUAUGCUUGCCUCGUUUAUUCCACUCUGGACUGUAGAUCGCUAUGGCAGGAGAUUCCUACUGAUGGUGUCUGCUACAGGGUUGUCGCUAUGCUUCAUCAUCACCUCUAUACUACUCUCAACUGGAAGCAGGCCAGCUGCAUAUGGAGCCACAGCUAUGAUCUUCGUCUUCCAGAUCUUUCUGGGUUUGGGCUUUUUACCAAUUCCCUGGUUGUAUCCCGCCGAAAUAUCCACCACCAGAAUAAGAGCACGCGGUUCUUCACUCUCAUCAUCUUUCAAUUGGUUAUGUACCUUCACAGUCGUUCAAAUAACCCCCAUCGCCAUUGCCAACAUCGACUGGCGCGUCUUCGUCAUCUUUGCCAUCUUCAAUGCACUCUGGGUUCCCCUGGUCUACAUAUUUUUCCCAGAAACACAAGGUCUAGAGCUAGAGGACAUCGACCAUAUCUUCGAGAAGGGCGGAAUUACGGGAGGAGUAUGGAGUAGUAAGGGAGGCAGGACUAUAGAGAGAAGGAGGAUUGCACAAGAUGUCGAAGUCAGGGAAAUCAGAGAGAAAGAAGGCUACGAAUGAUACCUAAUAUGUCAAGCAAGAACAGCCUGUUCACGUUUGGCUGGGCCCGAGUGGCGAUGAUUCAGGUAGGAUACGUGAGUCUCGUACAUUGCUAUCUAUCCUGUAGGUACACGGAUUUGCUUAAUCAUAUGAUUUGUUUCUCUCGAGAAA